CAUUACGGUUCUCCAGCAGCACAGCAUCCGAAGUAUUAUCUCAAUCUCCUCGAGACUGCGCAGUCGUGUGGACAACACUGGACACUCACAGACAGACGGACGCGCUGCUCAUCUCACUUCUAAACUUUACUAAAAUCCGAGCGCUUCUGAAAUGUUGAAGUUCAUUUGUCGUUCGUUGAUUUUUCUUCUGCUUGUUUAUGGCUCGUGUGUGAGUGAACGGCUUCGACGGAUCGAGCGCAACACCAACAGGCCGUACCGCUCACUGCUGCAGGUGAAUAACGGCCUGCACUGGGGCCCGUGGGGGCAGAAGGAGAUGUGUCCGUGGGGGACUUAUGCCGCAGGCUUCAGUCUGAAGGUGGAGCAGCCUCAGGGGACAGGGUUUUGGGCUGGGGAUGACACGGCGCUUAAUGGGAUUCGUCUUCACUGCAUUGACUCAUCCAAGAGUUCAUCUCGACAGUAUGAAUACUACAGCACAGUACAGUCUGACGCUGGCAGCUGGGGUCAAUGGACGGCUAUUACAUGGUGCUGUGGUGGUUUUUUGACAUCUUUUCAGCUGAGGGUUGAACGUAAACAAGGGGACGGGGAUGACACGGCAGCGAACAACAUCAGAUUUACCUGCAGUAGAACCGGUCAGGUGAUGGAGGGCUCAGGAAGGCACAGGGGUGACUGGGGCGGCCGGAGCAACAAGUGUUAUGGAAAAGGAAUCUGUGGGAUUGAGACAAGGGUGGAGCCGCCGCAGGGGGGAGGAGAUGACACGGCCCUCAAUGAUGUGCGCAUGUACUGCUGCGAUUAGAACCUGUGACCCUCAGAGAAACCAGCAGACCAUCACUAAAUAAAGCUUCAAGCACUUUUAGAAAUAAUCAAUGUGUAAAUUUGUAUUAUGUGACUUGAGAUGUAUUACUACCACACAGCUUGACACAUCAAAUAAAUGAAUUUCAACCUUU